AUGAUCCGGUGCCAGUUGUUUUUGUUGAAAAUCGUGUGUGCAUUUCUAGUGUCAGUUAUCCCAUGUGGAGCCAACUGUCCUUACAAGGUAUGCGACUGUUACGGGUCUACAAUCUCAUGCGAGUGGAGAGGGUUAACAGAAGUCCCACCACUGAUUUCUACCAACUACAUUGGUCUUACAGAGUUAAUAUUUGAUGGGAACAAUAUCACCAGAAUACCAUCUAGUAGUCUACCAUCAGGUUUGGUCAGUAUCUCCCUUAUAAACAAUCCAACGACAACUAUAGAAGACACAGCUUUUAAGGGAUCAGCCAAUAGCUUGGAAGCAUUACUCUUCUCAGAUUUUCGCUUCACCCGAAUCCCAGAUGCGCUGCUAUCCCUAAACAAGCUGCAGUCCCUCACGAUAUACGAAGGUACGGUUCUCGAUUGGAACGUGAAAGUGAUGACCAAACUGGGACAGACUGUAGAGAUACUCGAUCUAUAUGCUCUUGGUUUAAACACCUGGCCUGAUUGGAUUCAAGAUUUUGUUAUUCUGAAAAGUCUGACUGUUGCUAGUGGGUCUAUUUCAUUUGUACCACCAGGAGCUUUGGCACACCUUUCAGAAAGCUUGGCAUCUUUGUUUCUUGACAGUAACAAACUUUUAGAAGUCCCAGAGGCCAUUUUCAAUAUCACAUCCUUAGAAAAUUUAAAUUUGUCCAACAAUUCAAUCUCAAAUGCUACGUGGCUUCCAAGGAGAAGUAAUUUAACUUCCCUUGGUCUGCAGACAAAUAGAAUAUCUAAUGCCGAGCAGCUGAGCAACGCACUCCUGCCCUUCAAAGACACUCUCAAUUAUCUGUACAUACAAGAAAAUCUUCUAACUUCAGUUCCUAAUUUAACUUUUUUGACACAAGUAGGAAGCUUGGAUCUUUCAAGCAACAGAAUUAACAACACUUACUCAGGCGCCGUGCAGCCAAAUCUCUUUUCUUUAGACUUAGGUUACAACUACCUUUCUGCUGUCCCGCGUUUUAUGUCCCACUUGACAUCUAUCACGGAUGUUCGACUUUCUUCCAACAUCGUAAAAAGCAUCCAGGCCGAAGAAUUCCCACCGAACACAGUCACCAUAGACUUGGACUUCAACUAUAUCACGGAGUUAACAGACACCAGUUUUCCAGAAAGUCCUAAAAUAAAAUACUUAAACUUAAAUAACAACCCGCUUGCUAGAAUCUCGCCUCUUGCCUUCAAGAAUAUUCCACUUCUUCUAGGGUUAAACCUUCAAAGCACAAAACUAACUCGCCUGCCACAGACGCUAUCUUUUUUGACUAGUCUUAACAGAUUGGAUCUUAGCAAUUGCAAUAAGCUUGUUUGUACGUGCUUGGAAAAAGGACUAAAGCCCUGGGUUACAUCCUUGUUUCAUUCCAAUGUUAUUGGUAUGUGUGGGGCAACCAGUGUUUAUGAUUUCUUUACACAACUGAGCUCUGCAUGCCCUUAA